AUGUCUUUUCUUCGACAUGCCCGCAGAUCUCGGUGUCUUUCUCACUCUAACCCGCUGCUCCAACCAGCGCAGUGGCGCUCGUUUACAUCCCUUGAUACAAACUCAUGGUCCUACCCUCCCUCUCCUGCGGAUGUUGCUACGGACGAAGUUACACAGUUGGCUUCUAGGCCGAAACGCCCGUUGACAUUAAAUGAUCUUCUCAGACACGGCUGCCCUCCCCUGUCUAGGGAGGCACUUUUGGCGUCAGCGAACUUUACUCUUUCUUUACUCCCUGCUAGACUCGCAUAUCGGAUUCAAGCUCUCAGAAACCUUCCCUUCAUUGUCGUCUCCAAUCCUCAUGUUUCACAAAUCUAUAACAACUACGUGCAUUCGCUGUCGACGUUGCUCCCGUAUCAGAAGAAGAAGAUUACAACUGUAGAGGAUGAAAAAAAAUUCACAGAGAUCAUGGCUGAGCUUGUUCAGACCCAUACUAACACAAUACCUAUCCUGGCGAGAGGCUUCCUUGAGUGUCGAAAAUACAUAAUUCCUGAAGAGGUUACUACCUUCUUAGAUGAACACCUCCGCGCGAGGAUAGGGACGCGGUUAAUUGCUCAGCAACAUUUGGCCUUACAUAUGGCAUCUCAGCCCACUGAGGAGGGAAGGCCACCCAUUCCGUCUAACUAUAUUGGCGUCAUAGACACGGCUCUACAGCCCGCACGACUUAUUCGAAGCUGCGAGGAAUUUGUUGCAGAAAUUUGUGAGCUGAAAUAUGGUGUUCGACCUCGCCUAAUUAUCAACGGUGAAGUUGAUGCUACCUUUGCGCAUAUACCGGUUCAUCUAGAAUAUAUCAUCACCGAGCUCUUGAAAAACGCUUUCCGUGCUGUUGUGGAGAGUGGAAACGAGCGAGAACCCGUCGAAGUAACCAUCGCGGCAGCUCCCGAUGUGAUCGAGCAUAACGGCAAAGCGUCCCUCACUAUGUGCCAGUUUUGUAGACCGGCAAAGAGUGACGUUGACUUUCAGACCUCAAAUGAGCCCGGGGAAUAUUCUGGGAAUAAUAGCAAUGGCCUUUUUGGCUCAAUCGACUCUCCAACCCAGAGCAUUACAAUCCGAUUCCGUGACCGUGGGGGUGGCAUUCCUGCCGAAAUUCUUCCACAUGUUUGGUCAUACAGUUUUACGACUUAUUCAGACGAUGAGAUUCCUUCAGACGACAAUGGCAACGUUGACGGACUUAACGCACUCUCUAGCAGUAACAUUAACAACAGCACUAUCGCCGGCCUAGGUUAUGGCCUUCCUUUGGGACGUGCAUAUGCCGAAUAUUUUGGCGGUAGUGUUCAUCUUCAGAGUAUGUGGGGCUGGGGAACAGAUGUAUACCUCACUUUACAAGGCGUUGGCAAGGUCAAGUAA